AUGGACCUGCUGCAGCGGUACAACCAAAGUCGGAACUUCAGCACCUCAACCGGCGGAACCGGAAGUGGCAGCGGCAGCGGAAGCUUUCUAAACUUCUCCCAAAUCGACCUCCUAAAUGAGCUCCUCACUAAUCACGGCAACGGCAACCACAGCUCAAUCUCGUCCUUCACCGGCGGCGCCGCCGACGCCGCCCAGCUUGGCCAGCUUCACCUGCUCACCAACUCCGUCGUCAAGGGAGGAAGUGCUAACUUCGAAGAGGAGGACUUCGAGAACUCCUCCUCCUCCUCCGGCGACGUCCUCCCCACCGUCCGCAUCCUCCUCUGCGUCAUCUACGCGGCCAUCUGCCUGCUGGGCGUCGCCGGAAACGGCCUCGUCUUCUUCUCCGUCGCCCGCAACCCGGCGAUGCACAGCGUCACCAACGUCUUCAUCUCCAACCUCGCCUUCAGCGACAUCCUCCUCAGUCUCUUCGCCGUGCCCAUAACGCCCCUCUACCUGCUCGUCUACCGGGCCUGGCACUUUGGCGCCGUCCUCUGUCACCUGUUGCCCUUCGCCCAGGGCGCCUCCAUCUACAUCAGCGCCUUCACGCUGAUGAGCAUCGCCAUUGACCGGUACCAGGUGAUAAUGUACCCGCUGAGGGCGAGGAUGAAGAUGAACGUCUGCAUCGGCAUCAUCCUCGCCAUUUGGCUGGUGACGGCGGUCAUCACCUCGCCCUACGCCUACUACAUGAAACUGCCCAUUGUGCUGUACUGCGACGAGCAGUGGCCCGGCGACUCGGUCCGCCUCUCCUACACCGUCCUCACCAGCAUUCUGCAGUUUGUCGUGCCGCUGCUGAUUAUUGGCUUCUGCUACACCAAAGUCUGCGGGAAGCUGUGGGACCGCACCAAGUCCAUCCCGGGCAGCGUCUCUGCUCGUCGCGAGGAGCAGGAACGGGAACGGGCCCGUCGCACCAACACGAUGCUCAUCUGCAUGGUGGUCUGCUUCGUGCUGAGCUGGGCCGGCCUGAACAUCUACAAUCUGCUGAUGGACUUUGUGAAGCUGCAGCACAACACGACGGCCUUUCUGGUGCUCCACGUCAUCGCCAUGUCCUCCGUCAUCUACAAUCCAAUCCUCUAUGGGGUGCUCAAUGAAAACUUCCGCAAGGAGUUCAAGGCCAUACUGCCCUGCUGCCUG